AGAAGGGGAAGGAAACUCUUGAUACAGGCGGCACAACUGAAUUUAAACGCAACUCAAACUAACCUACCUACCCAGACUGCUCUUUGACUGGUAGUUUUCUGAACUUCCUUCUUCCUUCUUCCUUCCUUCCAUGAGUAUCGCUGUAUAUCCCUUUCUGUAUGGACUAUGGAAACCACCCUAGAGCACCCUCCAGAAACCUCAAUCGAUGAUCCCAAUCCACCGGGAAAUUCAGAUCAUGGUCUUGCUACCAAUCUAGACGGGGUAGACUCCCCGGAAAAUCCACGGAGUUCCGAUCAUGACCUUCUCGAGGAGUUGGAGUCUCUUCGAGGGUCCUACCAGGCUCUCCAAUCAAAGUCGUCAGCAAUGGAGGAGAAUCUGCUUAUGUUUCAGCAACAGAGAGAUGCCGCCAUCAGUCGACAAGCCGAGCGAACAGAAGCUAUCGACGAAUUGUCUCGUGAAAGGGACUCUCUUCGCAGUAAAAUCGACCAAUUCGAAGCUUCUUUGGAGGAAAAACAAAUGGAAUUCGCUAAAAGGGUCGAGGAAGAGGUGAUAGAGAAGGAAUAUCUCAAGAAAGAAUUAGAAGUUUCUAGAAAGAGAAUCGAAGAAUUGGAAUCUGAUAAGAAAGUGAUAAGCGAGUUCCUCGGUAAGAAUCUGAAUUCAAUUAGGUCAGUGAAGGAGAAUUUGGUUAAAUUAAUUGAGGGUUUAGAUGAUGAGAAGGUAGUGAUUGAUAGGGUUGAUGAUGCGAGUUCAGAAUUGGAAUUAGAAGAAGAAUUUAGGGUUUUUCAGGGAGAAAUAGGCACCCUUUUAAAUCUUGCAACUGAAUCGAGUUCGAAGCUGAGCGAGUAUAAGGAAGCAAGGAAGAAAGAGAAAAGGGAAUUGGAGAGCAGUGUGGUGAGCUUAACUGAGGAGAAUCGCGACAUCAAUAACUUGUUGAGGGUUGCCCUGGUGGAGAAAGAGGCAGUGGAGAAAAGUCUAAACAAGUUGAAAGGGAACAGUGAUCAAAAGAGAGUGGCAUUGUUACAGUUUGCAGAGAGGGGGUUGCAGAGAGUAGGUUUUGGGUUCAUGAUGGGUGGUGCCCCAACUGGGAAUAAUGAGCAGGCAGUGGAGAGUUCCGCGGCUAGCACUACUUCUACUACGGCUAGUAAGUCAGAUGGUAGUGAGAGUGAAGAGGAGGUUGUUAGUCUGGCCUCAACUGUGGAGAGGAUAAUGAAGAAUUUACGACUGGAAAUUUCUCAAUUACGGAGAGCUUUGGAAGAGUCUAGGUCAGACACUGAGCGAUUACAGAGUCUUACCGAGAAACAAGCACAGAAAAUUGAAGAGAACACAGUGUACAUCAAAGAGUUGGAAGAUAGAGAGAGGGUUCUAGCUCAACAUGCUGAGGACCUCUUGAUGGAAAUAAAAGAAACUGAAGCCGAGGUUGCCAGAUGGAGAGAAGCUUGUGAAUUGGAAGUUGAAGCUGGAAAAACUGAGAUAGAAGAACGUGACAAAUUGGUUGUUAUUCUCAAGCAGGAGUUGGAGAAAACAAAGGCUGCUCUGGAUAUAUCGAAUGGCAAGUUAAAGCUAAAAGAAGAACUUGCAGCUGCGGCAAUGGCUGCCCAAGCAGCCGCGGAGAAGUCUCUGCAGCUAGCUGAUGGCAGGGCAGCGGAGUUACGUGAACGGAUUGAGGAACUAACGAAGCAAUUAGAAGAAGCAGAGAACAGAGAGAAGAAACACCGUAAAGGCAGACGCAUAUGUUGGCCAUGGCAGUUCCUAAAAAUGCACAUGACUGCAAAUUCAAAUACUGGAGUUCAAAAUGUACGACGGAUGCUACCAGAAAUGCAAGCCUUGCUUCACCCUGGUGCCUGAUGGAAUUGCCUUGUCUUUAAUAACAAUCGCUUGCAAAUUCAAUAGUUCUUUUUUUCUUUUUCUUUUUUUCAUUCAAAUUUUCAAUUUUCCUUUAUCCUCCCUUGUCUAAUAAUUUUUUGUUUGUCAUUGAGUCAGUAUCAAAUUAUAGUUAUGUAAAAAAAGGUUUUUGUUUUGCAAUUCAAAUCACAUGAUUUUUUUUUUUUUUAAUGUAAAAAUAAGCAACUCUCUUACUC